CAAGGAAGACACUAAAACCGCUUAUUAUAGGCAUUUUUACCACGCUUAUAUUUCAUCUGCCAGCGUUUCUGGAAAUGCUGUUAGAGUAAAGGGAUAGAGGAUGGGUGUAGUCAGUAGUAAGAAGUUAUCUUGGAAGAAAGAAGACCAAAGUCGUGGCAGGUUCCUUCCACCAGCCCAGCUUGUCCGAAAGUCUCAACCACCACCUGUCCCAGCCAACCGUCCUCAGAAUGUGCCCUAUCAAACGAUACAAUCACAUCAAGAAAGGAAGCUAGCCGUUGCUCUAUUUGAUUAUGUUCCUGCUAAUAGUGGAGAUUUGGAGCUUCAGAAAGGAGAAAUGAUUCAAAUUAUGUCCGAUUGCAAAGCAGACUGGUGGCUGGCAAAAUCCAAUCUCUCGGGUAAAGAAGGAUAUGUUCCCAGAACGUACGUCUCACCUGUUAAUAAUGUGGACCCAGAAAAAUUCUUCUUUAAAGGUAUAAGUCGAAAAGAUGCAGAAAGGCAGUUGUUAGCGCCUGGAAAUGUCCGUGGAACAUUUCUCAUCAGAGAUAGUGAAACUAGCCAAGGUACAUUUUCACUUUCUGUGAGAGACACGGAUUCUCAACAUGGCGAUUUAAUCAAACACUAUAAAAUUAGGACACUGGACAAUGGCGGUUUCUACAUAACUCCGGCACUGAUGUUCCCAAAUCUAAAAGAUUUAGUGAAACAUUAUUCAGAAAGACCUGAUGGCUUGUGUUAUAAACUGGUGCAGCCGUGCCGGAUUCAAGGUCAGAACAUGUGGCAGCCAGAUGAGUGGGAGAUCCCACGCGACUCUGUCAGACUAGUGAAGAGACUUGGAGCAGGCCAGUUUGGAGAGGUGUGGAUGGGAUUUUAUAAAAAUAAUGCCAAGGUUGCUAUUAAAACUUUAAAGGAGGGAACAAUGUCUCCCGUAGCAUUUUUGGAAGAAGCCAAUUUAAUGAAGACACUCCAGCACGAUAAGCUGGUACGGCUCCUAGCGGUGGUUACUAAGGAACCAAUAUACAUUGUGACUGAGUUCAUGGCUAAUGGAAGCCUGCUUGAUUUUCUGAAGACAGAAGAAGGUAUAAAGCUACGGUUUCAUAAACUGGUGGACAUGGCUGCACAGGUGGCAGAAGGCAUGGCUUACAUUGAGAAAAAGAAUUAUAUCCACAGGGAUCUCAGAGCUGCCAAUGUGCUGGUGUCAGACAUAUUGGGUUGUAAAAUAGGUGAUUUUGGACUUGCGCGAAUCAUUGAUUCAGAAUACAUAGCAAGAGAGGGCACAAAAUUCCCCAUUAAAUGGACUGCACCUGAAGCCAUCAAUUUUGGAAUUUUUACCAUUAAAUCAGACGUAUGGUCAUUCGGAAUUCUGCUCACUGAAAUUGUAACAUAUGCUCGCACCCCUUACCCAGGUAUGACCAACCCAGACGUUAUCCGUAACCUCGACCAAGGUUAUCGCAUGCCGUGUCCUGAUAACUGCACCGCAGAACUCUAUGAUCUAAUGCUCAAAUGUUGGCGAGAAAGGUCGGAGGACAGACCCACCUUUGAAUACCUGCAAUCCGUAUUAGAGGACUUCAGCACAGCAACAGAAAAGCAGUAUGAAGAUGAACCUUGAGUCUGCAGGACAUGUCUGUUAUUGAGAAUUUUCACAAAGACUAUUCAUGAUGUCUGUAGAUAUUUUUUCGGAACUGGUUUAAAUAUCUCAUCUUCAUAGCCCAGCUACUAGACCAAACCAAAUAUCAACAAAGCUGUGAAGCUGGUGAAGAAGACAAUGACUGUUUGUAAAUGAUUAUCACAGAUUAUCAAAUGAACUUAGCAGCUCAGGAAACAAUUGGCAUCUGCAAUCUAUAUCUAAUCUAUUUAUAAUCAAUUAUAUUAGGGUAUGUUUCUCUGUGCAUCCACAGACAUAUCUCCAGAAAAGGACAAAGAGGAAAUAAGAUGGAUCGGUCCAGGGAUCAAUUUGCACAGAUAAUAGCAAAUCAAUUGCCACGUAGCCCUGAGCACUAUAACAUAUCCCAGUUCCUGUGUCUGUGACUAUAGGAGCACCGAUUGGGAAGUAGAAGGACUCGCAGAACUGUGCGGGUCAGAUUUCCGAGUCUGACAAGGACAUGCAGAGAAUGUCAUGCUUGUACAUCCGUUAUGUCCAUGGUUUAUUAAGAGUUUAUAUGAAUAUAUAAUUUUUCAUAUUACCACUCCAUCUAGUUGAAAAAAAUUUAAAGUUGUUUUCAAACUUGUUUAUGGAUUUUUAAAGAGAUUUUUAUUUUAUUUAUAAUUUACUUUAAAAGUCUCAUGCUAGAGCAGCUGUUUCUUUUCUUUCCUUUUCAAUGGCCCUAAUGAGGAGGUCAAGGACAAUGUUCACUCAUAUCU